AUGAAACAUGCAGGUGUAAGAUCAUUAGCGUUAGAUGGCGAAAGUGAUGAAGUUGUGGUAACUGGAGAGGAAGUGGAUGCUGUUUGCUUAACCAAUCAGAUAAGAAAGAAGUUUCGCUAUGCUACGCUGAUAAGUGUGGAAAAUGUGGAUAACGGAGGAGAUGAGGGUGGCGAAGAAGAACAACAAGAAGAAGCCAUGCCAAAUGAAAUCUAUAUUCCAUCUUGUCCAAUAUGCACCACCUCUCUUCCACCUUCUUCCAUACGGGACUUUGGCUAUGAGAAUGACAAAUGCAGAAGCAAGGCACUGAAAAUUGCUGCAGCCGCUCAAGAUGAAAACGGUUCCAAGGAUCAAGAGAGUGGUGAUGCUGAAGGAGAACAGAAAGAUGAAACAACUGCAGUGGAAACAUUUCAAGAACCUUCCUCAACCUCAAACCACCACUUUAAUAAGACGAAGAAGAUUAUAAGAGCAUCUAAACCAUAUAAGAGGCAUCAAACAAAAUUCAAAUACUCUGGACUAGGAGAUCCUACAAAGUAUAGAAGGGGUCACCUUACUUGCGUCUUGGAAGCUUGGAACACCAAAGAAAUGGAGUGGCUGAAUUUGAGUCUUGCAUCUCAAUUCUACCACUUCCAUCCUAAUUUUGUACCCUUACAGCUCUGCAAUCCCUGCACACAGAUCAUCAUGAUCAAGCUAUUUCUAGUUAACAUGUGGUCUCUCCCUACAUAUAAAGCUAGCAGUUUCGUGUAA